UCGAUAUUCCCGCAGAACGUUUCGGCCUCGCUAUAAAUUAGGUCCUCUCGAUUUGAAAUUCAUAAAUUAUAAAAAAAAAAAUCUCUUAUUUUUAAGGAAAACAAUAUAUACGUAUUUGAAGAAAGAGGAAUUGCAGAAAAUAAUUCACAAUGGUUGUAAAUUUCAAGGUGUACAAAAAGUGUUCGCCGAAUGGUAAAAUCGCUAUUUAUCUCGGGCGGCGGGAUUUCGUCGAUUAUUUAUCAGGAGUUGAAUCGAUCGACGGCGUAGUCCUUCUGGACAAGGACUACGUGGAGUCGGGAAGAAAAAUUUGGGGCCAAGUUGUGUGCAGCUUUCGUUACGGGCGAGAAGAGGACGAAGUUAUGGGACUGAAUUUUCAAAAGGAUCUUUUUCUGGCAUCCGAACAGCUUCAUCCGGCAACCAAGAAGAUGGAAGCCGGUGUAACGAAACUGCAGGAACGUCUUUUGAAAAAAUUGGGACCCUGCGCGUUCCCUUUCACCUUUACACUCCCUCAGGGCGCCCCAUCGAGCGUGACGCUUCAACCUGGACCCGAAGAAGCUGGAGAACCGUGCGGCGUUUCUUAUUACGUUAAAAUAUUUUCGGGAGACACUGAGACUGACAACGCUCACAAAAGGAGCACGGUAUCCCUCGGUAUUCGUAAGAUACAAUUCGCCCCAACUAAACAGGGAAGACAGCCUUGCACCGUAGUUAGGAAGGACUUUUUACUAAGCCCGGGGGAACUUGAAUUGGAAGUUACGCUCGACAAACAGCUUUAUCAUCACGGCGAAAAGAUAAUGGUGAAUAUAAGCGUCAGAAAUCAGAGUAAUAAAGUUGUUAAGAAGAUGAAGGCGCUCGUACAACAGGGAAUAGACGUUGUUAUAUUCCAAAAUGGCCAAUUUCGAACAGUUAUCGAUGCCGUUGAGACGCAGGAUGGGUGCCCGAUAAACCCUGGUUCGACACUGCAGAAGGUCAUUUACUUGAAACCCACCUUGGAGAGUAACAAAAAUCGUCGCGGUAUCGCCUUGGACGGUCAUCUCAAAAGAGAUGAAGAGAAUUUGGCCUCGAGCACGCUCCUCACAUCUCCCGACGUUCGCGACUCAUUUGGAAUUGUCGUUUCUUACGCAGUUAAGGUAAAACUCUACCUGGGAGCCCUCGGUGGUGAACUUUCCGCCGAAUUACCCUUCAUUCUAAUGCACCCGAAACCCUCCGAGAGGAUCAAGGUCAUGACCGCCGAAAGCGUCGCCAUCGAAGAAGAAAAUGUACCGGAAGAUCGAGCCGCCGAUACCGAAGAUAUGAAAAGCUAGACGCCAUUAAUUUCUCUUUACGAUAUUGCAAAAAUUUCGCUUCGAAUUACUUCAAAUUUCAAUUGACCAACUUUUAUUUAUAUUAUCUCAAUUUCCGUUGCUGUUCGAAAAGAGCACUGACAUAAUAAUUCUUUAUCUAUUAUCAAUUAUGAAAUCUUGUCUAUAACACUUAUAAUAUGUAUACAUAUUGCUUAUGAAACAUACUCGUAACUUAUCUAUCCAGAUGUUAUUUAAUCUUCUAGAUUGUUGAUAGACGACCUCAAAUAAAGUUGAAUACAUAAUAA